GGUGCACGCUUGGUCAUCGAUUUGACACAACAAGCUAAAGGGAUUGCUUGGAGGUACGAGGUCGUCAGAAUAGUGUGAAGGUACUAUUUUUUUUUGGUUCAGGUUGUUUGAUUUCAUCCGGAAUUUGGCAACAGCAGACAACAAAAAUAAUCCAAUAUUUCAAAAUUAUUCUGUGAAAUUGAUCGUUAAAUUUCGGGGUAAUAGAGAGUGAGGGGUUGAAAGUGGAGUGAAUUUGGUGGGACAAUGCAAAAUUAUGGACACGAGGAUUACGACUACGGUGCUGAUGCAUCGGGUACUCAGGGUGGCGGAAGAAAUCUUCCAAAUCCACCUGGGGUACGACCAAAGGUCGAUCCUAUGGCGGAGGGUGAAGUCGAUCCGUCGAUCUAUGGACAACCCAAGGAGGCUACUCACAAGAUUCGCGGCAAGAGUGAUAUCCUUGAGUACCUUUUUGGCACUGUAGAUCAGGAAUUGCUCACUGUCAAGACCUUCUACUUCUUCUUUUACUCGGCAUUCGGAUCUCUCUUUCCCCUUAUGGGGGUGUAUUUCAAGCAGAUGGGAAUGAAUGCUGGACAAUGCGGACUUCUCAUAGGAUUGAGGCCCUUCGUCGAGUUCCUCAGUGCACCCUUCUGGGGCUCCUUGGCAGAUAGAGGACCAUCAAAAAUUUUCAGGUGGCAGAAGGGAAAGAUCAUUCUCCUGGCGUCGCUCUCCUGCUGGAUAAUCUUCACCCUGCCGAUUGGUUUCGCUCAGCCACCACCCACCACCUGCAUGGAAUGGAGCAACAACAGCGAGUGGCUGGCGGUCCCCAAAACAGGGACUCGCAGCAAAAGAUACGUCGAUCUGGACGAUUUUUAUCAGCCCCAGGAGAGCGACGACGAGGAUCUCGAAGUGGCUGCCAAUGUCGUCUUCGGGAGACUCAGGAGGGACACCGAUUACUCCAGUGGAAGAACUUCUUAUGAUUCACUGGAGCAAGUCUCGAACCCAAGGAUCCGGAGGCAGGUGGAUGCAACCGAUCUCAAAUAUAAGCAGUUUGUGCCUGAGGGGACCGUUGAGGACGAUCCCACCGCCAAGACCAUUGACUUCGGAACCAUCGCCAAGGCUAAUCGUCCUGCCGAUGUCCUCGAGUACAAGAGGUUCCUUAAAAAUGAGCCGAUGGAUGAAACGAGACCCCCGAAGAAAGCCCACACCCGUACUAAAUUGCAUUCGAAACCACCGCGUGCUAAAGUGAUGGCAAAACGUUCAGUGGAACUCCACGACGAGCUUUUCACAAGCUGGGGAAAAGAAGAAACCAAUGAAGUCGACAGCCGCAACCGUCGGCUCAUGUCCGCAGAAGAGCAAGACGAUAUCGAGCUAGAGGAGUUCGAGGACGACGCCGAUGUCGAGGAGGUCGAUGUUCCUCUCAUCAGAAAACGAAGAAGUAUGAAGUUUGUAUAUCAGAAUCAGGGGAAAAGUCCUGUGUCUGUCAGGAACGCGAGAAAUUACAAUCCGAAGGAGAACAGCGAUUGGGUGAAGCCAGCCUUCAGCACAAUCGUCUAUCGACUCGGCGACAUCCAAAAGACUUUCUUUCUUCUUCUUCUCCUGGUGAUCGUCGGAGAAUUUUUCUCAGCCCCGGCGAUCACUCUCGCUGACUCUGCAGUGAUCACUCUUCUCGGAGAAGACGCUGAUAGAUACGGACAUCAAAGAAUGUUCGGAAGCCUUGGCUGGGGUCUGGCCAUGUUCUUCGUUGGAAUCGCUCUGGAUCAUAGCACGUCUUUUCCUGAUCAUCCCUGCACUCCUGAUCCCAGGGAGAAGAACUACACCAUCUGCUUCGCCAUCUUCAGCGUCUUGAUGGGGGCUGCAUUGAUCACUGCUACUCAGAUUAAUUUCAAAUAUGAAUUCAUAGCUCCUCAACCGGAAGUUGUGAAGCCCCCAGCAGAGCCAACACGAGAAGAACAACUGCAGUCUGAGUUAUCUCAGCAGCUAAAUCUACCAGGAUUACAGGACUCGUCAGGAGCACCCCCCGCAGCUCCACCCCCCGAGGGCAAAACGAAGAUGUUUGCCCAGACAACGAGGGAGAUACCAGAGUGGGUCACGGUUCUCAAGCAAUUCAAGGACCUCAAGUGCGCUUCAUUCCUCUUCGUCGCUUGGUUCAUGGGCUUUGGUAUAGGACUCAUAUUUACAUUCCUCUUCUGGCAUCUCCAGGACUACGGAGGCUCGCCAACCCUCUUCGGUGUUGCUUCUGUGAUUAAUCACAUCUCGGAAAUUUUCGCGUAUUUCUUCAGCUUCAAGCUAAUCGGGGAAUUCGGACAUGUCAAGGUUCUUUGCUUGGGUCUGGGGGGGAAUAUCCUGCGCUUCCUCUACAUUUCGUACCUGAAGAACCCAUGGUGGGUGCUACCCUUUGAAUUCAUCCAGGGUAUUACACACGCCGCGGUCUGGGCUGCAUGUUGCAGUUACAUCGCGCAUAACACACCUCCACAAUUACGAUCGAGUGCUCAAGGGGUUCUUCAGGGGCUUCAUCAUGGUCUUGGAAGGGGAUGUGGAGCAGUUAUUGGGGGGAUGUUCGUUGCGAGCUACGGGAGUACUGCAACGUUCCGUGUGUAUGGCCUCCUCUGCGCAGUCGUCUUGGCCGCUUUUAUCUUCAUAAAUUUCUACAGAAAAGAUACCGGAUUUGUUGCUGAUUUACCACAGACCGAAGAUCCCCAUCAAGUGGCGGAGGCAACUCAUCUAGCACCUCACGGAGUACCGAGUAAUGCUAUCCCACGGGCAUUAAGCUCAAGUAGACUUCACGAGCUUGCACAAGAGCCCAGUUAUGGAGCUACUUAUCAGACGACUGGAGGAAACCUCAAUGUUCCUGGGGGUAAUGGAGGAGGAAACCCAAAUAAUCCGUUCUUGAGCGGCGGCGGUGGUGGGGGUACUGGAGGCGGUUACAAUUAUGGUAUGAGCGGUAAAGGAGAGGACGAAUUCAUUCGUAGGAGCUUCCAGACUUACAGUGAAGUGGUGGGUAGGGAGUACGACCUGAAGCCACCACCGGUGGUAACCCAUCUCCAUGCCCAGCAACCAUGUACCAAUCCAUUUCAUCAGCAUGGCUAUGAUUGGUAACGAAACUGCCCAUUUGCAGUUUAAUUAAAUUGUCUAGGUUUUAUUGAAAUGUGAAGAAAGAAAUUUGCACUGAAGUGGUAAAUCGAGACAUGUGGACUCAGCCCUUCUGACUAAUUGAAAUAUCUCUCAAGUUGAGGGAGAUGGUCAAUUUUUUGUAAUAACCUUUAUUGCGGUUCUCAACGAGCUCUAUAAAAUUGGUUUAUACAAAAAUUUCAUUAUCUCCCCCAGUUCCAGAGGUAUUUCCGAAAAACCAUCGGAGAGCUAAGAAAACUCACCUUUUACGACUUCCGUACAGAAAUGAAAGCACUUGAUGGGGGAGAAUAUCUUCCAGUCAGGAAUUAUCCUAUUCCUAAUUGAAAGAUAUUAUCUUCAAUGAGGAAAUUAAUGAAAAAUAUAAACAGUUGGACGUUUUAUAAAAAUAAGGAACGAAUGAACAAAGCGCGAAAGGUAGAAGAAUUGAUAUCACUUGACCAUCUGGAGGUGUCCGAGGCGCUCACAAUUGAAAGAUUCAUAAUAUCGCUCAUUUAUCUAUCAGUACGUAUCAUAUCACCUCAUCCGCAUGUCAUUGAGUUGACUUAGAUAUGUUUAAAAAUAACUUGAAGGAAAAUUCACUGAGAUAUCAGUCCACAGUAACGAAUCUAACGAAUUUGAUCCAUCCGUUUAAACAAUUUGAUUAACUUCAGUGAAUUAAUUUUUCCAUGAAUUCCCAAUCCCCUCGAGUCUUUGAAUGAAAUAUCAUCAGCUCGUAAUCCUGUAUUUUUAACUGUUGAUGAAUUAAAAUCCCCGCGUUUUCACAGGGAGAAGUGACACGAUCGAAUAAGUAAAUGCAAAUUUGUAAAUAAUUAUUAAAUUUGCGAGAACUCCGAAGCAGACUAAUUGUUUUCCGUUGAAUUUGCCUAGAUGUUCUUCAGUGAAAAAAAAAAGUGAAAAAAAAAAAUGAUAUAAGAGAGUAUAUUAUAAAUAUUGUAUGGUUAGAGCCUAGACCUAAGCCUAUUACCUAUUAAUAAUUCAUUAAUGACAAUGUGUUUUGUCUCUUGAGUCUGUUCAUUUCGUUGAGAUUAUUAAGAGGGCAAUGAUUAUCAUCCCACCUUUAACCCUCGUAAGGCACAAAAAAUAAUGAAAAAAAAAGUCUAAACGAAUUGUACCUAUCUCGAACAGUUCUUUAGUCGUGAAAACAUUUCACUGUUUUCCAAUAAAUGAUUAAGUACAUAAGAAGUAUUAAUGGUUGGAAGAAUGCGACGUGACGUCGUCGUGGGCACUUGUAUGAAUUUUGUGUCUUGAAGUUUGAAUAUACGUUAUGAAUAACAGGUUGGAGAUGGAAAGGAGAGUUAAUUUUUCGCAUUUCAAUGAUUAAUAUUGACGAAUCAAUCACAUUAAUCGAUUAUCACUGGCAUCUCCACUAUCAUCAAGCUUGGAAAUACCCACUGGUUCAUUGAACUCUCAUUUGUUUAAAGCAGAGAGCAGAUUAAUUUGUCUUUGUCAUUUGACUUGAACAUUUUGCGCUGUUUUUUUUGACAAUUUUUUAUUCUCUCGGUAAUCAAUUGAUCUUUUGGGGUGGAAAUGUAUUGGCCCUCAUUUUGUCGUGACGACUUAUUUUUGUAAAUCGAUCAUGACAUUUCAUUGGUGCUUCUCAGGGCUAAAAUUUGGAUCACAAAUAAUUUUAUAUAGAGUGAAAUACACCACGCAUUCUGGGACACACGCUCUAGAAAAUGAAAACGAUCAAUACAUAUCAGAUAAUCUUAAGCUGUUCCUCAACAUAGAGAAGAGAAAUAAAUCGUCGCAUUUCGCAUCAUGUCCAUCGUUGAAAUAAUUUCAGAUUCAGGAAUAAUGGGAGAUAAAUUGAAAGGUGAUAGGAGGAUUGCGAGGUGCGACAGCGCAUAUCUGUAUCAUUGCUGUAGCCAAAUAGAGAUUGUUAUCAGAGGAGUUACUCUGUUACAAGGAAAACGCGAGACAAUGUAUACUGACGUUUCGAUAAUGAAAAUAUGAACAAAGAAAAACGCUAUGAGAUAUUUCACGCUGCUUGGCUUUCUUAUUUGCCCUCUUCAGUAUUUUCCAGUUGUUUUUGCUGUAAUUUUAUAUAAAUUUUUCACUCAUUUCCAUAUUCCAGCUGAACCACACGCGAUCAUCAUGCACUUGCUAUCAUUCAGACCAUUCCUUAUCUAUAAAGGAGAGCAUAAUGGCUACCGCUAAAAAUAUGGCUGAUAUGUUUUUUUUUUGGGAGAAGAAUAAUAUCGCUAGAUUUAAUAGUAAGGAUUUUUAAAAAGUGACAGUUCAGGGAAAACUAGAAAUGGGAAGAAUUCUAAAGAUGAUUCAGGGAUACCCAAGUGACUCUGGCGUUUUACAAAAAAAACCACAGGUAACAUAUUCAAAUGACAAUGAAGAGGAAUCUACCGAUCAUUAUUAAUAUUUACAUGGGACAGGGUGACGAGGUACGUAUCGAGCCAUCGACCUGUCCAAGAUAUUUUUAGUUCAUCUAAAAAAAAAAACAAGCAGGCUAUGUAAAAAAGAAAGUCCAGGGAUUGAGUAAAAAUGGAUAAACGAGAAGAGGUUCAAACGUGUUACUAUUAAAUAACGGUUUUAUUGGUAAGUAUUUAAUGAUAGCAGGCUAGGGUAAUUCGUCAAUUGAAAAUUCUUGUUUUUAAACUAUAGGCACUAUUCAAAAGCUUAAAAUCUAGCUUGUUGCCUAGCGCUCUGAUUAAAUCUCGAUGUACCGUGUUUCUCUUCACUUUAAUUAUAAACUACCUUCGUAGAUGAAUUAUUUCAAAAAUUCUCAUUUAUUACUCAGUAGCGAUUGAAAUUUGCCUCCCAAAAGGGGACGACAGAGAAUAGCAAUUUGUUCUAUACAACUAAUUUAUUUAAUUUCAUUUGAAUGUUAUUACUUGUGUUAAUCGAUUAUCGUUGAGUAUAAAUUAUUCAUAAUUUUGUUUUCAAUUUAACGGAUUUGAGCUACUGUCAAUUGAGCAGUGCUAUUUAAUAUUUUUUUCAAUUAAUUCAACCGAUUGGUGCAAAUUAUGGUUAUUAUGUCAAUUAUUAUUGAAAAGUGAAAUACACUUCAACAUGUGCCAUUGUUAUUACUCUUUAUUUUUCAUCGUCCAUAAUUUUUUUUAUUUUCUCAAUAAAUGUGAAAUGAAAUAAAAAAUCGCUCUACUCGGUCCACGUGGAAAAUAAUUUAGCAUCACCAGAAGUCCGUUUUUUCAUUCAAAAAUUACGUCUAAUAAAUACGGUGCUGUGGUAUUCCCACAUAUGGAGAUCAUACUGGAAGCGAAUGAGAAGGCAAAGAAUACUAUUUUCCAAUACUGUCGUGUUGCUUUCACAAUUAUUAUUAAUUUUCAUAUUCUUAAUAUUUUUCUGAGCAACAGCGUGUGUUUUAUUUCCUCUAAUUUCUCUUCGAAUUAUCCUAUGUAUUGGCACAGAUACCCACUGGUAUCGUUUUUCAUUAAGCAAAAUGUUUACGAUUAAUAAUUAAUUCUAGACUCAACCCUUUCAUUCAUGGGAUUACUGAUUACUGAGAAGCAAGUAUUUACAAUGGAAUCAAUUACAUUCGAGAGUUUGAAAUGAUGAAUGUUCAUAUUAUGUACUAAAAUGAACCCAUUGUAUAUGUUCAUUAUGCAAUGAACAGAUUAUGCAAAUGAUUUUUUGCAUUCCCUUUUAUUCACUCAUUUUUCUUUCUCGUUUUGUCUCCCAUAAGUCGAAGAUUUUAAAACGAAAAGUUUCAAAUAGUGAACAUGAAGAUAGUAUUUGGAUCAGACUAGCAAUGAAUGAAUUUUCAAAUCGAAGUCAUUGUGGGGAAAAUUAAUGAAUCAAAGGGAUUAAUGACCCAACAGUUCACUCGCGCUAAAUUGGAUCGGCAUCGGGCAGUGUGUCACUAACGGCAGAGUUGCAUGAUUUAUAAUGGAUUUAAAAUAUCAUCUAAACAAUAAUAACUGUGACACAGUGAGGCAAUGAUCUUAGGAUACUCUGGGCGUAUACUCGUAGAUUUCAAUAAUCCAAUUACACUCUGAUUCGCUCAUUCACUUGCAGUGAUUCGCACACACGUAACAUAAAAAUUGUAAAACCUAGUAGCGAUCAGAGAUGCCUAUUUUUCAGCGAGCAGAGAAAAAUCACAUGAUUCAUUUUAUAUCAAUCGAUUUAAUCAUUUUAGAGAGUGAUAUUUCUCUGCUGUCGAUAUCAAGGCUUCUAUAAUCCAUCGCCAUAUUAUUUUCCGAGGUCACAGCCGUUAGGGGAUGCGAACGUGUGGCGACCGAAAAAAUUCAGUACCACCUACGAGCGCUGAAAUUCCUAAAUGAUCCUUAGGAGAAUGAUAUCGUGUAAAUCACUUAAAAUUACAUGAAAAAAUGGAUUUCAUGGUAUUGGAUACCAGUGCAUGACCAGUGUGGAAUCAGCAUAAUCUAGGUAAUAAAUAAGUGAGGCAUGUGAGGGGAUUAUGGUUAAAACCUAGUAUCGAAUGGAUAUGUGCACUUGUUAAUUAUCUGCAACGAUAACACUCGUGAAUCUAGUUGAUAAUGAACUUAAAUCCUAAGGCCGCUACGCGAUCUCCACACUGCGCCACGUGAUCACAAAUUUUAUAAUUACGAGUGCCUUACUCGCCUAGACAGUCUAUAAAGUCUUUUUUCUUAUGCUCGGACUAGAGAAUUUACGUGAUCAUACGCGACAUCGACUCCAUCGACACCUAAAAACGAUCGAGAAAAAAGAAUAAAAAAAAAAAAAAAA